AUGCGGCGAGUUGUGGUGACAGGCCUCGGCGCCGUUACACCCCUCGCCGUGGGGAUGCGAACGACGUGGAAACGGGUUCUAGCUGGCGAGUCGGGUAUUACUAGUGUCCUUACAGAGCGCCCGCCGGCGAGCCAGUGGAAGGGAAUUCCGAGCACCGUUGCAGGUCUCGUUCCCUUGGAUAAAGGGAAGGGGGCGGAGCAUGAGUGGCGACCGUCGGAAUGGCUCAGCGCUGUUGAGCAGGACAAGAUGCCGCGACAUACGCAGUACGCCGUCGCCGUGAGCGAAAUGGCCUUGAAGGAUGCUGAUUGGGCGGCGACGACGGAGAAAGAGAAAGCGAUGUCAGGCAUAUCGAUGGGUAGCGGAAUCGGUGAUCUCGAUCAUCUUUAUACUACGAGUUUGGGAUACAAUCAGGAUGGCUACAGGAAACUAUCGCCGUUCUUUGUACCUAAGAUUCUCUUGAACAUGGCAGCGGGCCAUGUCUCGAUGAAGUACGGUCUCCAGGGACCCACGCGAUGCAUCACAACCGCAUGCGCCACCGGGGCCGACUCGAUAGGCGACGCGUUCACUACGAUUAGGCUCGGCCGCGCUAACGUCAUGGUGGCCGGCGGCACGGAGUCAUGCAUCCACCCCCUAGCCCUUGCCGGCUUCGGAAAGGCCCGGUCGUUGUCGACAGCUUACAAUGACAACCCAACCGCAAGCUGCAGGCCAUUUGAUCGUGACCGGGAUGGGUUCGUGAUUUCCGAGGGUGCAGCAGCGCUCGUUCUUGAGGAAUUAGAACAUGCUAAAAGGCGGGGCGCGCAUAUUUAUGCUGAGAUUAAGGGCUGGGGAUCGACGGCCGAUGCGCAUCAUAUAACAGCGCCGAGGUCAGAUGGGAACGGCGCCUUCCGAGCCAUGGCGGAAGCUCUUCGGGAAGCUGGGGUGAAGCCAUCUGAGGUGGAUUACAUUAAUGCGCAUGCUACCGGAACGCGCGUGGGCGACGCUGCGGAAAUUCUGGCGAUUAAGGAGCUCAUGAAGGAUGUUGACGAGAGCGCGGUCACGGUGAGCAGCACCAAGGGUGCAACGGGCCAUUUGUUAGGAGCGUCAGGUGCACUGGAAGCGCUAUUGACGGUACUAUCCAUCCAUGAGAGAGUUGUCCCUCCGACGCUGAAUUUGGAUCAUCCUGAUGUUGGCGGCAUCAAGUUCAACCUAGUCCCUAACAAGUCCCAGAAGAAGGAGAAACUGGAUGUGGCUGUAUCAAAUAGCUUCGGCUUCGGAGGUGUUAAUUCAUCCCUGCCUCAGUUUAGCAAACUCAACUUCAUCUACACUGCUGUCUCUGAGGCUGCCAAACGCACUUUACGACGCCCUACUGAGGCCAUGUCCCGGGCUAGGGACGGCACACCAUCCGGUGUUGCCGGGCCUUCCACCCCAACCGAACAUCCUUCUGCGGCGACGGGAUCCUCGGCCAAGACGUCCGACUUCUCAAGGAGCCCCAUCGAGAACUUGAAAGAGAGUGUGGCGCAAUGGGGCGACUCCGCGGCUCACCGCAGCGAUGACGAUGAUGAUGAGGGCUCCGAACACGAGCUACUUCUUGAUCCUCUCGGUCAAGGACCUGGGGGUAAGAGUUCUGUGGAUCUUGACAGCGAGGAAGGAAUCGCCCUUAAGGCCGGCGAUGAGGAUGAGGAGCAGGAAGACUCACCCUACGCCGAGGUUCGAGCGGCCGUGCACAAUUACGACCAAGAUCUGCCAUGCAAUACUGUGAGGGCAUGGGUGAUUGGGCUGUCGUUGGUAGUUGUGGGGGCCUCUAUGAAUACGCUCUUCUCACUUCGCCAACCGUCCAUUGGUAUUGGCCCCCUUAUCGCCCAGAUAGUCGCAUGGCCUCUCGGUCAUGGUUGGGCGAGAGUAAUGCCAGGGAAAGAGUUCAACACCUUUGGCAUCAAGUGGUCAUUGAACCCCGGACCGUUCAAUGUCAAGGAACAUGGUGUCAUUGUCGUCAUGGCCAGUGUGUCGUUCUCCGUUGCUUACGCGACCGAUAUCAUUCUCGCCCAACUCGUCUUUUACAAGCAAAACUUCGGCAUCCCGUUCCAACUUAUGUUGACUAUCUCAACUCAGUCACUCGGAUAUGGUAUCGCCGGUAUAAUGAGAAAGUUUUUAGUGUAUCCUGCGUCCAUGAUCUGGCCCGGCACUCUGGUGUCCGUUACCCUCAUGAACGCCAUGUAUGAGGAACGCGAUCGCCCAGACCCCAGAGUUCUUGGGGGAAAUAUGCCUAGGUACCGGUGGUUCGGAUAUGUUACACUUGCGGCUUUCCUAUACUACUUUAUCCCCGGUUACUUCGCUCAAUUCCUGAGCGUCUUUGCCUUUCCGACAUGGCUUGCGCCAGAUAAUGUGAUUGUUAACCAACUUUUUGGUGGUAUCACGGGGCUAUCCAUUCUUCCCAUGACUUUCGACUGGACCCAAGUCGCUGGCUUCGUUGGCUCGCCUCUUAUUCCUCCCUGGCAUGCUAUUGCCAAUACCCUCAUAGGCGUGGUGCUCUUCUUUGUUGUGACAGCCUCUCUCUUCCACUACACCGGCGUUUGGUACGCCGAAUACCUCCCCAUGAGCGAUGCGGGUACCUACGACAACACGGGAGCUAAGUACAACUCUUCUCGUAUCCUAACCCCGGAGUUUACUCUCGAUGAGAAAGCCUACGCCGAGUAUUCGCCCCUAUUCAUCAGCACCACCUUUGCCAUCUCCUACGGUCUCUCGUUUGCCGCCAUCGCCUCAUUGGUAGUGUAUACCUACUUGCACAACGGCGAUCGCAUUUGGCGCCAGUAUCGGAACAGUACAAAUGAGAAGCCCGACGUCCAUAUGAAGAUGAUGAGGAAAUAUCCCGAGGCGCCAGGGUGGUGGUACAUGUCGCUCUUCGUUGCCAUGCUGGCCAUGGGUUUCUACACCAUCACCGCAUACCAGACGAAUCUCGCUUGGUGGGCGUUCCUCUUGGCCGUCUUCAUCUCCUUUGGCUUCUCGCUACCCAUUGGCAUUAUUCAAGCAAUUACAAAUAAUCAGAUAGGCCUCAACGUGCUUACUGAGUUCAUCUAUGGGUACAUUCAGCCCGGUCGCCCUUUGGCGCUCAUGAUCUUCAAAACUUUUGGCUACAUCACCAUGUCUCAAGCCCUCAACUUCAUCUCGGACCUCAAAUUUGGCCAUUACAUGAAGAUACCGCCUAGAACCAUGUUCCUCGCUCAGGUUGUCUCCACGACACUCUCUUGCUUCAUUCAGAUCAUGGUUCUCAACGGCGCCCUUUCCAGUAUCGACGGGGUAUGUACGCUCGAACAGCCCGAGAGGUUCACUUGUCCUGGUGGCCGAGUAUUCUUUGCAGCCUCCGUCAUCUGGGGUCUCAUCGGCCCCGCCCGCAUGUUUUCCCCAGGCCAAGUCUACUCGGGCCUCUUUUUCUUCUUUGGCCUCGGCGCCAUCGUCCCAAUCAUCAUCUACUACGCCUCCAAACGUUGGCCUACCUCGCCCAUCAAGCACCUCAUGGCCCCGCUCAUCUUUGGCGGCGCCGGCAUGAUCCCGCCAGCUUCCCCGCUCAACUACCUCACCUGGGGAAUGGUCGGCUAUCUCUUCCAACAUCACAUCCGCUCGCGCUACUUUAACUGGUGGAGGCGCCUCAAUUUCCUCACGUCGUCCGGCCUUGACCUCGGUCUGGCGCUCGCAACGCUCGUCAUCUUCUUUGCGUUUACGCUAAAUAACAUUGAUCCCCCUUCGUGGUGGGGAAAUGACAUCGUGAGAACAACGUUGGAUUAUAAAGGUGGAGCGGUGCAGGCAAAGGUUCCCGAGGGGCAGACUUUUGGACCGGAGUCUUGGUGA